CCCAGGGAUGUGCGCGCAUGCAUACACAUAGCAAGGCGAGGUGCAAAUACCCUCCCAGCCCGAUUGUCUCUUGCACAACUCUCUAACUCUGAGCAGCCAGGAGGAUCUUUUCUUUUCCCUCCAUUGCUCCUCUCCAAGCAUGCCUCCAGAGCAGAGCUGCUGAAGAGCCAUUUCCUCCAGCACAUCUCCCUGAAAACAGCUCUACUCAAGAAGAGGUGGUCGCUGGCAGCAUGGUAGGGGUUACGGCAAUGAGGAUGUGGAUUGAGCCAGUGGUGGCUGGUUCCCAAGUGGCCAGUGCCUUUUAUGACACGGCGCUGCUGCUAGUGGUGAAGAACUACUACAACCAGACCAACACCACCGCUUCUUCCCAUGCGCUGGAAGAUGCUCAGCAGAAGGCUGUCUCUAAUUUUUAUAUCAUCUACAAUCUAGUCUUGGGCCUGAGCCCACUGGUGUCAGCCUAUGCCUUGUCCAAGCUGGGGGACAGGAUCCAUCGGAAGAUUCCCAUCUGCUUCCCUCUUCUUGGCUACUUGGGCUCCAAAACUCUGCUGCUCCUUCUGAUCCUGCUGGGCUUGCCAAUCGAGGUGAUGUAUGGGGCUGCCGCCUUCAAUGGGCUGAUGGGCGGUUUCACCACGCUCUGGGCAGGUAUCAUGGCUCUAGGAUCUCUGGGCUCCUCUGAGGGCAGGAGGUCUCUGCGGCUUAUGGUUAUUGAGCUCGUGUAUGGCCUUGCUGGCUUUCUAGGCAGCAUGGCAUCUGGCUACCUCUUCGUAGGCUUCAGCAAUCACUAUGGAGAGGGCACUGUGCUGGUGACUUGCAGCAUUGCUUGCUAUGCUUUCUGCCUCCUCUACAGCAUUUUUGUCCUGACAGUCCCCACACCAGCAGCUUCCAACCCAGCCAAAGCCAAGAGUGCAGAGGAUUCAGGCAGCCAGAUACACACUCACACAGGAGAAGCUGCAGCAGGAAGUUCCCAGCCUUCAAAGGACAGCAGCUCCUCUCCAGUACUCCCCUCAAAGCUCAUCAUCAUCAUGUUGUUUGUGUCAGCAAUCCUCUAUGAUCUUGCUGUCGUUGGUGCAAUGAGUGUACUCCCACUCUUCUUGCUCAGGGAGCCUUUAAGUUGGAAUGCCGUGGAGAUUGGCCAUGGCAACGCUGCUGGGUAUGUGAUCUUCAUCACCAGCUUCCUAGGGGUAUUUGUUUUCUCCAAAUACCUGAGGGACACUACCAUGAUCAUGAUCGGAGUGGCAUCCUUCAGCACUGGCAUCCUCAUCAUGGCCUUCGUGCGGUGGACAUACCUGUUCUACAUCGCACGGGCGGUGAUGCUCUUUGCCCUCAUACCCUUACCAACCAUCAGGUCCAUGUUAUCCAAGCAUGUUGAAGGAUCAUCCUAUGGCAAGGUAUUUGUCCUGCUGCAGUUGUCUUUAGUCACCACAGGAGCAGUGACAUCUACAGUCUACAACAAGAUCUAUCAAAACACACUGAACUGGUACAGCGGCUUCUGCUUCAUUUUGUCUUUUCUAGUUGGUUGCCUGUGUCUCCUCCCUUUAAGCAUCGUGGCCAUCAAAAAACGUUCAACUACUGGCUCCCUUCAGAUUCUGACAGAGUGACAGAGGCUGUACCAGCUAAAGCAUAUUCUGGUUCGCUAUCAACUCUCUGAGCUACUGAAGUGGGAAUUCUGCCAAGCAUUAGCUCCUCUACAUUUAUCAUUAUUACAGGAAGCAUCUCAUUUAUGUUCCCAUUUCAGCCUGCCACAGCCUCCUAGUUACAGAUCUCACCCAGGACAAAGAAGUUUGCCAUCUUAUUUCUGCAGCACAUCAUCCUGCAGAGUACAUGCAUUGGCUAUUGCGCACCAUCAGUCUUCAAAGCAUUUUGCUUUCUUUUAAGGCUGGUUAGCAAUAGUGCAGAGGGACAGGAACAGGGUGGAAAGGAAAAGGGCACUUCUGGACACAACAUUCAAUAUGGAAGGGGAAAGCAGAAGAUCAGUUUUCCAUUAGUUCCUUCUUGUCUGUUCAUUGAGAAACGCCAGGACAAUUCUGUGACUUUGGCUGAUGAAGCAGGAGCCCGAAAGCUGCAUGCUGCGUGGGCGUGGCUGUCUGCAGGGUACAUCUAGUCCCUAAGUGUUAUAGAAUCAGCCCUGAUGAUCAAAUACAGAAAUACCACUAAAAAAACAAAGAUUAAGAACCUUUUAGUAAUCCCUACAAUAAAACCACUCCUGAUGCUCACGCCUCAAAUUUCUGGAAGAUUUUCUGACUAUUCCUGAGCAGAGCUUUAACAGAGCUCAUGGGAGGAUACCUAUGACUCAAGGGCUGAUACCAGCAUUUCAAUUCACAUCACCAGGAUGUACUGAUGGUAAGUGUGGCACUCUACUCCUAAAGGCUUUAUGGAGGUGUAGGAACACUGAUGCCAGGUCAGAGUUACCUUGUUACCCCCGCUUUCUUCUAAGCUGAAACCCUUACCAAAAGGAACCUUAUACUGUACGAGAUGUCAGUUAAAUCUCAACAUAAUCCAAAAGACUAGCAUGGCCCAGAGGGAUCAGGAACUAAAUUAUGCAUCUACUGCCAUGCUAAUUGAAUUAACAAGGAUUAAGUAGCUUCCAAGUAAAGGCAAGUUAAAAGCCCUUCAGUAACUGAAAUAAUGUGGAGACAAAUCAAGCAGCUUCAGUUUGAGCCAUGAUGCAGAAAGCAGAAGUUGGUUACUCACUACAAAACUCCUUAUUCUGAGGAAGUUGCUGCCACCCCUGUUCUCCACAUGCACACUUGUGCAGUCUUUCCUCAGCUCCAGGCUUCACUUUCAAUUAAUACUA